CGGGUUCGCGGUGGGGCUGCGCGCCGGGUCAGCGGCUGCGGCGGCACAGCCGGACGUGGUCGGGAGCCGGCGAACCGAGGCUGGUCGAAGGAGGCGGAGCACGAGGGACUGCCACGGCGCCCUCCGCUGCCGACGGAGAUGGUCUUCGAGUCGGUGGUCGUGGACGUCCUAAACCGCUUCCUGGGGGACUACGUGGUGAACCUGGACACAUCCCAGCUGUCUCUGGGCAUCUGGCAAGGAGCUGUGGUCCUCAAGAAUCUUGAAAUUAAAGAAAAUGCCUUGAGUGAACUGGAUGUACCAUUCAAAGUUAAAGUUGGUCAUAUAGGUAAUCUGAAACUUAUUAUUCCAUGGAAAAAUCUUUAUACUCAACCAGUUGAAGCUGUUUUGGAAGAAAUUUAUUUACUCAUAGUGCCGUCUUCUAGAAUAAAAUAUGAUCCUGUCAAGGAAGAAAAACAAUUCAUGGAAACAAAACAACAAGAAUUAAAAAGAAUAGAAGAAGCAAAACAAAAAGUAGUAGAUCAAGAAAAAUGUCAAGAGGAGAAACAGGACACUUUUGCAGAAAAAUUAAUUACUCAAAUCAUAAAAAAUCUUCAAGUGAAAAUUUCCAGUAUCCAUAUUCGUUAUGAAGAUGAUAUCACAAAUCGAGACAAACCGCUCUCAUUUGGUAUUUCUCUUCAGAAUCUCAGCAUGGAGACCACAGAUCAAUACUGGAUUCCAUGUUUGCAUGAUGAAACUGAGAAAUUAGUUCGGAAGCUAAUCCGAUUGGAUAAUCUGUUUGCCUACUGGAAUGUGAAAUCUCAGAUGUAUUAUCUAAAUGAUUACGACGAAUCAUUGGACAACUUGAAGAGUGGCAUUGUCUGUGGAAAUAUUGUUCCAGAAGGUUAUGACUUCGUAUUUCGCCCUAUAUCUGCUAAUGCCAAACUUCAGAUGAAUCGCCGAUCAGAUCUUGACUUUUCUCACCCGAAAAUAAACCUGGAUGUUGAGUUACAUAACAUAGCAAUUGAGUUUAAUAAACCACAGUAUUUCAGUCUAAUGGAACUUCUUGAGUCAGUUGACAUGAUGACACAAAAUCUGCCAUAUAGAAAAUUCAAACCUGAUGUACCUCUUCACCACCAUGCCAAAGAAUGGUGGGCUUAUGCCAUACAGGGUGUUCUAGAAGUAAAUGUUUGCCCCAGUUUACGGAUGUGGUCAUGGAAGCAUAUUAGACACCAUAGACAAAAUAUGAAACAAUACAGAGAACUGUAUAAGAAAAAGCUAACAAACAAGAAGCCACCUGCUGAAGUGCUCAUGUCUUUGGAGGAGUUGGAAAAAAUCCUGGAUGUUUUUAAUAUAACUAUAGCUAGACAACAGGCAGAAGUUGAGGCAAAGAAAGCUGGCUACAGGAUUUACAAAGAAGGAAUAAAAGACCCGGAGGAUAAUUCAGGAUGGUUUAGCUGGCUGUGGAACUGGUCAGAAUCAAAUGCUAAACAGCAGCUAGAUGUUAAACCUGGACUUCUUGAAGAAAUGUUGACGCCCGAAGAAAAAGUUUUACUCUAUGAAGCAAUUGGCUAUAGUGAAACAGCAGUUGAUCCAACCUUGCCAAAGACAUUUGAAGCCAUGAAAUUUUUUGUUCAUUUGAAAAGUAUGUCUAUUAUUCUAAGAGAAAAUUGCCAAAAGCCAGAGCUGAUAGACAUUGUAGUGGAAGGAUUCAGUACGUUGAUUGUGCAAAGACCAGGAGCACAAGCAGUAAAAUUUGAAACCAAAAUUGAUUCCUUUCAUAUUACUGGUGUAUCAGAUGAUUCAACAAAACCCCACCUUCUCUCUUCAUUGGAUGAUAUGUCUCUCUUUCAAAUAAUAUUUGAGAUAAAUCCUUUAGAUGAAACUGUUGCUCAAAGGUGUAUCAUAGAAGCUGAACCUUUAGAAAUAAUAUAUGAUGCUAGGACAGUCAAUAGUAUAGUGGAAUUCUUCAGACCUCCAAAAGACGUGCAUCUAACACAGCUCACGUCAGCUACUUUGACAAAACUUGAAGAAUUUCGAGAUAAGACAGCAACAGGUCUGCUGUAUAUUAUUGAAACACAGAAAGUUCUUGAUCUCAGAAUUAAUGUGAAGGCUUCAUAUGUUAUCGUCCCACAAGAUGGAAUUUUUAGUCCUACAUCAAAUCUGCUGCUUUUGGAUCUUGGUCAUUUAAAGGUGACAAGUAAAAGUCGUUUGGAAUUACCAGAUGUGAAACAAGGUGGGGCCAACCUAGAAGAAAUUAAGCAUAGAGCUUAUGAUUCUUUUGAUAUCCAGCUUACCAGCAUACAGUUGCUUUAUAGUAGAGUGGGUGAUAAUUGGAAGGAAGCACGAAAACUCAAUGUAUCUGCACAGCAUAUUUUGGUACCUAUGCAUGUCAAUGUGGAGCUCUCCAAAGCCAUAGUUUUCAUGGAUAUCAAGAUGCCUAAAUUCAAGAUUUCUGGAAAGUUACCUCUUGUUUCUUUACGAAUCUCGGAUAAAAAACUGCAAGGGAUUAUAGAAUUGUUUGAAAGCAUUCCAACCCCUGAACCUGCAACUGAUGUAUCUGUCCCUGUCAAAUCAUUUCAGAUUCAAGCAUCUACUUCUUUGCCAGUAUCACAGAUUUCUCAGAAAAUAAUACCAUUCUUGGAACAGCCUUCUGUUACUGAAGAUGAUUCAGAGGAGGAAUUUUUUGAUGCACCAUGUAGUCCCUUGGAAGAAUGUCCUCUAAUUCUAACUAGAGUUAAAAGUACUAGACACAAAAAGACGCAAAGUGAAGAUUGUUCAGUGAAUUUAAUUCAACUUAGAAUGCGAUUUGAAGUAGCAGAGGUUUUGAUUCAGUUUUAUCACCUUGUGGGUGACUGUGAACUACCUGUGAUAGAAACCGGUAUUUUAAGAUUGGGUACAGAAGUUGAGAUUAGAUCAUGUGAUUUGAAAGCAAAUGCCUUUUUGAAAGAAUUCUGGUUAAAAUGUCCAGAAUAUUUAGAUGAAAACAAGAAACCAGUUUAUUUGAUUACAACUCUGGAUAAUACAAUGGAAGAUCUGUUAACAUUGGAAUGUGUGAAGGUGGAAAAAAAUGCACCUAACUUGAAAAGUACCUAUAACAAUGUUUUACAACUUAUUAAGGUUAAUUUUUCCUCCUUGGAUAUUCAUUUACAUACUGAAGCACUUCUGAAUACAAUGAAUUAUCUUAACAAUAUCCUUCCACAAUCCAUGGAAAACUCUGCCCUAGUGUCUGUUGCAGACACUGAAGACAAAGGAGAUAUCAUUAAAAAAAUUGCUUUAAAGCUACCUAUGAAUGAAGAUAUUAUUACCUUGCAGCUUUUAGCAGAAUUAUCAUGUUUACGGAUUUUUAUUCAAGAUCAGAAACAGAACAUUUCUGAAAUUAAGAUUGAAGGACUUGAUUUGGAGAUGAUUAUGAAGCCUUUAGUAACUGAAAUAAAUGCAAAGCUAAGAAAUAUAAUUGUUUUGGAUUCUGAUAAAAUGGCAGUAUACAAAAAGGCUGUUUAUAUCACUGGAAAAGAAGUUUUCAGCUUCAAAAUGAUUUCUUAUGUGGAUGCAACUGCUGGCUCUGUAUACAUGGAUAUGAAUGUGGUUGACAUUCAAGUUAAUUUAACUGUUGGUUGCAUUGAAGUAGUGUUUGUCACAAAAUUUCUGUAUUCCAUAUUGGCUUUUAUUGAUAAUUUUCAAGCAGCUAAAAAUGCCUUGGCUGAAGCAACUGUUCAGGCAGCAGGAAUGGCAGCUACUGGUGUGAAAGAACUGGCUCGAAGGAGUCUCAGGCUGGCCUUGGAUGUUAACAUCAAAGCUCCAGUUGUGAUCAUCCCACAAUCUCCAGAGUCUCAAAAUGUUUUUGUUGCUGAUUUUGGAUUAAUUACAAUGAAAAAUACUUUUGUUAUGGUAACAGAAACCCAGAAUAAUCUCCCACCUGUUAUUGAUUUGAUAACAAUAAAGCUGAGUGAAAUGAGACUGUACAGAUCUCAAUAUAUGAAUGAUGGGUACCAGGAAGUACUGGACUUGCUGCUGCCUUUAAAUUUGGAAGUAGUUGUUGAACGAAACCUAUCCUGGGACUGGUACAAGGAAAUUCCUUGUUUCAAUGUAAAAGCUCAGCUAAAACCCAUGGAGUUCAUUCUUAGUCAAGAAGAUAUAACAACUAUUUUUCAAACAUUGUAUGGCAAUAUUUGGUAUGAAGAUGUUCAAGCGCCCCCUGUUUUAAUUAGUGAGCCAAACAUCACCAGUAAUGAAGUCACUAAUGCUUCUUCCUAUUCAGAAGGAGCAACUGUGGUGACUGCUGCUGUGGUAGAAGUGCAUCCACAGGCCUCUCAGGUUAACAUGACACUGAAUAUGAGUUUCAGAACUGAUUAUCUCACCAUGGUACUGUAUAGUCCAGGUCCUGAACAGGCUUCCUUUACAGAUGUUCGUGAUCCUUCUCUGAAACUUGCUGAAUUUAAAUUAGAGAAUAUUAUAAGUACUUCAAAAAUGUAUACAGAUAGUUCUAUAUUCUGUUCUUUCUCAUUAAAAAACUGUAUAUUAGAUGAUAAAAGGCCCCAUGUCAUGAAAGCAACUCCUAGAAUGAUAGGACUGACUCUUGGGUUUGACAAAAAAGACAUGGUGGAUGUAAAGUAUAAAAGAAUCAGAGAUUGUUAUGUUAUGGAUGCAGUCUUCCAAGAAAUGUAUGUUUGUGCAAGUGUAGAAUUUCUGAUGACUGUUGUAAAUGUCUUUUUUGAUGCCUAUUCUGCAAGUAUGGCUGUAGAAACCAGUGUUCAAACAUGGACUCCUAAAGAAGUACCUGUACAGGAAUUAGGGAAGUGGGAAAUUAAUAUUCUGAUUAAAAAUCCUGAAAUUGUGUUUGUGGCUGACAUGACCAAAAAUGAUGCUCCCGCCUUAGUCAUUACAACACAGUGUGAAAUCUGUUAUAAAAGUGAACCUGAGAUCAAUACAGUGACGGCUGCCAUUAAGGAUCUCCAAGUCAAAGCAUGCCCAUUUCUUCCAGUCAAGAGAAAGGGCAGAGUCACAACUGUUUUGCAGCCCUGUGACUUAUUUUAUCAAUCUUCUCAGAUAGGUGCAGAUCCACAAGUGAUUGAUAUAUCAGUAAAAUCCCUUACACUAAAGGUUUCACCAGUUAUCAUAAAUACCAUUAUAACUAUAACUUCAGCACUUUAUACUACUAAGGAAACCAUCCCAGAAGAAAAUACUUCUUCUAUAGCACAUCUGUGGGAAAAGUUGGAUACAAAGAAUUUAAAAAUGUGGUUUCUUGAAGAAUCAAAUGAAACAGAAAAAGUAGUUCCCACAAAUGAAUUGGUACUCAGAGGAGAGAUGAUGAAAAUGAACAUUGAGUCUAUUUUUAUAGUUCUUGAAGCUGGAAUUGGUCAUAGAACAGUGCCCAUGCUAUUGGCAAAAUCACGCUUUUCAGGGGAAAGCAAAAACUGGAGCACCUUAGUAACUCUCCACUGUCAGCUUGAACUAGAAGUUCAUUAUUAUAAUGAAAUGUUUGGUGUUUGGGAACCAUUACUCGAACCCUUAGAAAUUGAUCAGACUGAGGAUUUUAGAUCAUGGAAUCUUGGAAUCAAGAUUAAAAAGAAAGCAAAACAGGCCAUUGUUGAGUCAGAUGCUGAAGAAGAAAACUACAAAGUGCCAGAAUAUAAAACUGUCAUCAGUUUUUACUCCAAAGACCAAUUAAACAUUACAUUAUCCAAAUGUGGCCUUGUAAUGUUAAAUAAUUUAGUCAAGGCAUUUACUGAAGCUGCUACUGGAUCUUCCACUGUCUUCCUAAGGGAUCUAGCACCAUUUAUGAUUUUAAAUUCUCUUGGACUUACUGUCUCUGUGUCAACAAGUGAUUCUUUUAAUGUACUCAAUGUUCCUAUGGCAAAAUCAUACACACUGAAAAAUGAAGAGAGUUUAAGUAUGGACUACGUCCGAACAAAGGACAGUGACCAUUUCAAUGCAAUGACCAGCCUGAGCAGCAAGCUCUUCUUCAUUCUUCUUACACCUGCUAACCACUCUACUGCUGAUAAGAUUCCUUUAACAAAAGUGGGACGACGGCUAUACACUGUAAGACACAGAGAAUCUGGAGUUGAAAGAUCUAUUGUUUGUCAAAUUGACACCGUUGAAGGAAGUAAGAAAGUAACAAUCCGCUCACCAGUGCAGAUUAGAAAUCAUUUUUCAAUUCCAAUUUCUGUUUUUGAAGGAGAUACUUUAUUGGGAAUUGCCUCGCCUGAAAAUGAAUUCAACAUACCAUUAGCAUCUUACCGAUCAUUUCUUUUUUUGAAACCAGAAGAUGAGGACUAUCAAAUGUCUGAAGGAAUUGACUUUGAAGAAAUUGUAAAAAAUGAUGGAAUGCUUCUGAAGAAGAAAUGUAGAUCUAUAAACCUUUCUAAGAAAUCAUUUAUUAUUAAUAUUGUCCCAGAAAAAGAUAAUUUAACUUCUGUGUCAGUGUAUUCAGAAGAUGGUUGGGACCUACCAUACAUGAUGCACUUGUGGCCGCCUAUCCUAAUUCGAAAUCUUCUUCCUUACAAAAUUGCUUAUUAUAUAGAGGGCAUUGAAAAUACAGUGUUUACUCUAAAUGAAGGACAUUCAUCCCAGAUUUGUAAUGUGCAGAUGGAUAACGCCAAGCUACAUUUAAAAUUGCUUGACUAUCUUAAUCAUGAUUGGAAAAGUGAAUAUCAUAUAAAAUCUAAUCAACAAGACAUUAAUUUCAUCAGCUUUACCUGUAUUACAGAGAUGGAAAAGACUGAUUUAGAUAUUGCUAUUCAUAUGACUUACAAUACCGGUCAGACUAUUGUGGCAUUUCAUAGUCCAUAUUGGAUGGUCAAUAAAACUGGGCGAAUGCUACAGUACAAAGCAGAUGGAAUUCAUCGAAAGCAUCCACCUAAUUAUAAAAAGCCAGUUCUCUUUUCUUUUCAGCCAAAUCACUUUUUUAAUAAUAAUAAGGUUCAGCUUAUGGUAACUGAUAGUGAGUUAUCUGAUCAGUUUUCAAUUGAUACUGUUGGUAGUCAUGGAGCUAUUAAAUGCAAAGGCCUAAAAAUGGAAUAUCAAGUUGGUGUCACUAUAAACCUCAGCAGUUUUAAUAUUACUAGAAUUGUGACAUUUACCCCUUUUUAUAUAAUUAAAAACAAAAGCAAAUACCAUAUAUCAGUGGCAGAAGAAGGAAAUGAUAAAUGGCUCUCUCUUGACCUAGAGGAGUGUAUCCCCUUCUGGCCUGAGGAUGCUUCCAGUAAACUUCUUAUUCAAGUUGAAAGGAGUGAAGGUCCUCCAAAAAGGAUUUAUUUUAACAAGCAAGAUAAUUGUAUCUUGUUACGACUGAAUAAUGAGCUUGGUGGCAUCAUAGCAGAGGUUAAUUUGGCUGAGCAUUCUACAGUUGUUACAUUUUCAGAUUACCACGAUGGAGCAGCCCCGUUCUUAUUAAUAAAUCAUACCAGGAGUAACACUGUUGAGUACAAACAAAGUUCUCUUAGUGAAAUAGAAGAUGCUCUUCCUCCUGGAAAAGCAGUGUUUUAUACAUGGGCUGAUCCAGUGGGCUCUAGAAAGCUGACCUGGAGUUGUGGGAACAGUCAUGGUGAAGUAACACAGAAAGAUGAUAUGAUGACACCCAUAAGUCUGGGGAAAAAAACCGUUUAUUUAGUUUCAUUCUUUGAAGGCUUGCAACGUAUUAUUUUAUUCACUGAAGAUCCAAGGGUAUUUAAAGUAACAUACGAAAGUGAGAAAGCAGAGUUGGCAGAACAAGAAAUUGUGUUGGCAUUACAAGAUGUUGGCAUCUCACUUGUCAAUAAUUAUACAAAGCAAGAAGUAGCCUAUAUAGGCAUUACAAGUUCUGAUGUGGUUUGGGAGACAAAACCCAAGAAAAAGGCAAGGUGGAAGCCAAUGAGUGUAAAACACACUGAGAAGUUAGAGAGAGAAUUUAAGGAGUACACGGAGUCCUCGCCUUCAGAAGAUAAGGUUAUCGAGUUGGACAAUAACAUUCCGGUUUGCUUAACACCUAGUGGUAAUGACAUGAAAAUUCUGCAACCACAUGUAAUACCUGUACGAAGAAAUUACCUUCCAGCAUUAAAAGUAGAAUAUAACACGUCUGCACAUCAAUCAUCAUUUAGAAUUCAAAUUUAUAGAAUACAGAUCCAAAAUCAGAUUAAUGGCGCUAUUUUCCCUUACGUGUUUUAUCCUAUUAAACCUCCAAAGUCUGUCACCAUGGACUCAGCACCAAAGCCUUUUACAGAUGUCAGUAUUGUCAUGAGGUCUGCAGGACAUUCCCAAAUAUCACGUAUUAAGUAUUUCAAAGUGUUGAUUCAAGAAAUGGAUCUCAGGUUAGAUCUGGGAUUUGUCUAUGCUCUAGCAGACCUUGUGACAAAAGCUGAGGUGACUAAGAAAACAGAGGUUGAACAUUUUCACAAGGAUGUAGAAACUUUUGAGAAAGAAUUUGAAACAGUUUCAUCAGUAGAUCAAUCACAAGUGAAUCUCUUUGAAUAUUUUCAUAUAUCUCCUAUCAAGUUGCACUUAAGUGUUUCAUUGAGCUCUGGUAGAGAAGGAGCUAAAGACUCAGAACAACGUGGAGGACUAAUUCCACUUCAUUCGUUAAAUCUUUUGCUGAAGAGUAUUGGUGCCACACUUACAGAUGUACAAGAUGUAGUUUUUAAGCUUGCCUUUUUUGAACUCAACUACCAGUUUCAUACAACAUCUGAACUACAGUCUGAAGUAGUAAGACACUACUCAAAACAGGCUAUUAAACAAAUGUAUGUACUUAUUCUUGGACUUGAUGUUUUGGGAAAUCCUUUUGGCUUAAUUAGAGAAUUUUCAGAAGGCGUAGAAGCAUUUUUUUAUGAACCUUACCAGGGAGCCAUCCAAGGUCCAGAAGAAUUUGUAGAGGGAAUGGCAUUAGGACUUAAGGCGCUAGUUGGUGGAGCAGUUGGUGGGUUAGCUGGUGCUGCCUCCAAAAUCACCAGUGCUAUGGCCAAAGGGGUAGCAGCUAUGACUAUGGAUGAAGACUACCAACAGAAGAGAAGGGAAGCCAUGAAUAAACAGCCAGCUGGCCUUAGAGAAGGCAUCACUCGUGGAGGAAAAGGCUUAGUUUCUGGCUUUGUAAGUGGCAUUACAGGAAUUGUUACAAAACCAAUUAAAGGAGCUCAAAAAGAAGGAGCGGCUGGUUUCUUUAAAGGUGUUGGGAAAGGUUUAGUUGGAGCAGUGGCAAGGCCGACUGGAGGCAUUAUAGACAUGGCUAGCAGUACCUUUCAGGGGAUCAAAAGAGCUACAGAGACUUCUGAAUUAGAAAGUCUGCGACCCCCCCGGUUCUUCAGUGAAGAUGGAGUCAUCAGACCUUACAGAUUGAGGGAUGGUACUGGAAAUCAAAUGUUACAGGUCAUGGAAAAUGGAAGAUUUGCGAAGUACAAGUAUUUUACCCAUGUUAUGAUCAAUAAAACAGAUAUGUUCAUGAUAACUAGACGUGGUGUAUUGUUCGUAACAAAGGGAACAUUUGGACAGCUUACGUGUGAGUGGCAGUACAGUUUUGAUGAAUUUACCAAAGAGCCAUUCAUUGUCCAUGGGAGAAGAUUGCGCAUUGAAGCAAAGGAGCGGGUAAAGUCUGUAUUCCAUGCCAAAGAAUUUGGAAAAAUAAUUAACUUCAAGACCCCAGAGGAUGCUAGGUGGAUCCUUACAAAACUGGAAGAAGCAAGAGAACCUUCCCCAAGCUUCUGAGUAAGGCCGGGCAGUCCGCUACCACAGUGUCCAUGGCGUACCUUCUGUCUGCUGGGAGGCGCAUUAUAGGAGCACUUUCAAAGAUCCUUUGUUUUAGACUCUUUUGUCUUCCCCCCCGCCCCGCCCCGCCGGAGCUGAGGACUGAACCCAGGACCUUGUGCUUGCUAGGCAAGCGCUCUAUCACUGAGCUAAAUCCCUAACCCCUGUUUUAGACUCUUUUUUAAAAAAGCAGAAUCAGGUUAAAUAACUAUGUGGUUUUAAAAUACUUCAAUUUUGGGGAGGUCCAUUCAGUUUCCUAAUUUGAAUCAUGCAUAUGGUUAUGAGUCUUAAUACUGUUUUAUAAGAGGAAGAAAUGCUUACUUUAGAUUAUUCUUGGUAGUGGUGGCAAGACUGCCCAUAGUCAGUCUUUAUAUCAAACAAAGUUUAGUUUUCCCAAGUUACCAUUUUAAACUUCUGCCAUGCUUACUUCAGUUUCCUUCAGUGAUGGUAAAUGAUCAAGCUAGGUACUGCCUCAGGGGCAUCAAGAGAACUUUGGCAGUAAUUUCUUCAGAAUCAUGAAAUUCUUUUUACAAAUAAAUAUUUUGGUAUUGCUUUAUUUUUAAAAUAAAGGAUUUGGAUUAUACUAAAAUGCAUAGCAUGAUUGUGAAGAGCAAUCUUUUUUGAGAUUGGGCAUAAAUACCUCUUCGGGCCCAGCCUUAAGGUAGUCUAGAAAACAAAAUGAAUAGCAUACCCAAAAGGUAGAGGCUCUUCCACAUCAUUAGAGCCUUAGAAAUACUUCCUCAGGUCAACUCCAUGAGUUUACCCAAUUGAUCUAUUUAAUAGACGGUUGUUCUCAAAGAAAAAUUAUUGAAGCCUUAAUAAUACCUACUUUCUGUUCACUGGUAACAAGAACUUAAAUUUUUUCCAACAUCUUAGAUGUAGUUAAUUAUGCUAUAGAAAAGAGAGCAUCUCUCAUAAGUAAAUGUACAUACCCUACGUCUUGCCAAUAACCUGUCCUGUUGCCAUAGAUUAAGAAUUUCUGGUUUGCUUUCUCUGUAGUUAUUCGGAUGAGAAAUACUUAUUUAAACAUACAGGUUCAUCACUACAAAAAUUCUGGACUCCAUCUUAGUCCAAAAUAAGAUCGCAGUUUUCCUUUGGUUUUUGUCCAAGGUUUUUGCUUCUUAAUAAUAAUGGACUAUUUAAAAUUAAAGGGAAUGUACAAUUGUGAAUUGUGAACAGAAUGUCUUAAUCGGUUACUGAAUGACACACAGUGUUUGUAUGUGCUACCAACUUGUUAUAAGCUGGUUUUGGAAUUGCAGACUGUGUUUGGUCAAUGGUUGUGAAAUCUACAGGCUUGUCAAACCCUUGCUUUGUUGUAAAAGCUGAAAUAAACAGCAUUCCAGACUGUG